AUGGGCACCACUGUCAACACGGACAAGUCAACCAAAAAGAUGGAGGCUUUGCAGCGCUUGCAUAACCACGCGGCAUCCUUGGGCGGCGAGUGUUUGGCAAGACAGUAUGACAAUUCACAGACAAAGGUGCUGUGGAGAUGCAAGCACGGACACAAAUGGUUUGCUCCUCCUCAGGCUGUGCUUCGAAAAUCGGGAAGCUGGUGUCCAGACUGUGCAAGAGAUGGCAAGAAGCUCGGCCUGAGCAUUUUGCAAGCUCAUGCCAGGAGCUUGGGCGGGCAAUGCCUGGCAGCCUCCUACGACAAUGCAAAGACGAAGGUAAGCUGGCAGUGCAAGCUUGGGCACGAGUGGCAGGCCACUACCAGUAGUGUCCUGCACGCACACAGUUGGUGCCCAGAGUGCGCUCUCGAAUCCCGGCGAAGUCCAAGAGGGCCAUGUAGAAAGCUCGACUUGCAGGCAUUGUGUGAGCACGCCUCUGCACUUGGAGGUACGUGUUUGGCAGGCAUGUACAGCAAUUCCAAAGAGAAGCUAACUUGGCAGUGCAAGCACGGCCACACUUGGAACGCAUCCGCCACCUCCGUGCUGCACGGACGAACUUGGUGUCCACAAUGUUCGCCGAAUGCACCGCUUGGUCUCGAGGCCUUACAGGACCACGCUGCUGCUUUAGGCGGGUUAUGCUUGGCCGACAGGUACACCAACAGAUAUUCGAAAGUAUUGUGGCGAUGUCGACAUGGUCACGAGUGGCAAGCGAUGCCGGCGAGGGUUGUGGUUGACGGGACCUGGUGCCCGCAUUGUGCCAAGAACGCACCUGUUCAGCUGGCUCGCCUCCAAGCACAUGCCGCAUCGCUUGGUGGCCACUGCCUGACAGCAAACUACCGGAAUUUGUUUCAAAAGUAUGCCUGGAGGUGUAAAGAGGGACACACCUGGAUGGCGACUGCUAGCAAUGUGCUUCAUGGUGGGACCUGGUGUCCUCAGUGCGCGGCCAGCAGCAGCAAAUUGCGGGCAGAGCGACAGGUUCGAGGUAUUUUCGAGGAACUCUUCUUCCCGGCGAAGUUUAACGCUUCUUUUCCGCGUUUCCUGUCCGGCUUGCAGUUGGAUGGGCAUUGUGCCGAGAUGCAUCUGGCUUUUGAGUAUCAAGGAGAACAGCACUACGACCCCGACCAUUUCUUCCAUUCAAGAGAUCCGCAAGGCUUUGCAAAGCAGCGCGAAAGAGAUGAUCGAAAAGCUGAACUUUGCGAGGAGGCUGGCAUACGCCUUGUGGUUGUUCCAUGUUUCGUCAAGGACAAGAGGAGUUUCAUUCAGCUAGCCCUGCUGCGGUGGUUCACAGUCAGGCAGGUAAACCCCAUCAUGCUGGGAUGUGGCGAGACAGCUGGAGCUGCGGUCACAAGUGACAUUAGUGAGCGA